CCAUGCUCUUCUCAUCGCAUUCCUCAAGGUUUAUCAAAGCUUGUAACCUCCUAAAAAUUUUCCAAGUUCUCUUCGAUCCUCUCGCUCGACCAUGGGUGCCUGUGCGAGCGCACCCAAGACCUUGGAAGGUGAUGCUCCCGUGGAGCUUCCUGUUGAAAAGGAGACCACGGUGACCGCCACCACGUCUGAGGUGGCACCAGUUGAAGAAGCUAGUGCCGCCACCGAGGUCACAACACAGUCGAGUGAGAGCACAGAGGAGCACAAGGAAAACAAGGAAGAAAAACCCUUGACGGAUGUUUCUAAGCCAAAGGAGGAAGCGAUCACCGCAAACAAAGAAGUCGCGAAAGAGAACAAGGAGGAGGUUGUCGUCCAGAGCGAGAUAGUUGAGGAGAAGCCUACAACAACCAUUGAGGCCAAACCAACACAACCAUAAGAGAUGAACAGAAAUUUUAGGCUCGUCUCAAAAUGCAUGUUAAAAAAAAGACAACUUUUCUCAUAUUGUUUUGUGACAAGUAUUAAUGUUGUACGUGUUCUCUACCAAUUCCGAAAUUUCAUUCACUAACAAAAGUUUGCUCUUUAUUGCACAAUCCUUGUUAUGAUUGUGUUUUGUGUUUGAAGUUCGAAAAGGGUGGCUUUUGACAGCGUAGGUCUAGGCCGAGGUAUUACAAGGCUAUGGGAUAGGUAACGUAAAAGCCAUUAAUAGAGGUUUGGUAAAAGAAAGAAAAAUAGAAAUAUUAUGUAAUAUAUAUGUAUGAUGCGGAGGCAACCGCUCAUGCUUUUUCGAAGAAAUUGGAUCAUGUGAAGUCAGGGCGAUUCAAGAAAAGAGAGUGACUUUCAAUCA